AGAAGCAACCUGGAACAAAGAAGAAAUUUCUGACAGUCAGUGGAAUGACUUGUCUCCAGAGUUAUAGAAAGUGUUUCUCAGCAAGACUACCAUUUCACCCUCAACAUACGAUGUAUUAUUUUCUAUGAUCUCUUCAAAACACUGUCUUUCUAAAUGGAUGGAGAAAUGGAACGAAAAGCAUUUGUAGAAGACAAGGCAGGUAAUGAAGGAAGAACAAGUCAAGAUAUGGGUGGAGAGCUUUUUAGGCACCUGAUGUGUAGAAGGAGGAAGCUCAGUGUGGCGACCUAGUGGUGAAGACACUCACUUCUCACUCGGAAGGUUGAGAGUUCAAUCCUAAGUAAUGGCAGAUGUUGCUCUCCUAGGAUAUAAAGAAACUGCAAACUUUGUGAGCUGAAAUCCACAAAAACUUACAAGUUAUCAGCCGACAAGCUCAGCAUCUUAACACUGAGCCACCACACCACCACCCCCUCUUUGUAACACAAGGAAACAUGAAUUUGACCAACUGUACAAGGACAUCCAGAUUUAUUCUUGUUGGACUGCCAAGUAUUUUGGGAAUGGAAAGGGUGAUGUACGCCAGUGUCUUUCUGUUUUAUGUCCUUUGUCUGAUGGGCAAUGGGCUCAUUAUUGUAAUAGUAAGCAUAGAUCGCCAUCUCCAGAAACCCAUGUAUUUCUUUCUUAGCAACCUUUCUUUAAUUGACAUUGGGCACACCACAGCCUUCAUACCUAAGUCAUUGAUCAAUUAUAUCUCUGGUAGUAAUUCCAUCUGUUUUGAUUGCUGCAUCAUACAGAUGUGCUUCUACUUCCUUUUUGGGGUCACUGAAUUUUUCAUCAUCACUUUGAUAUCCUUGGACAGAUACUUAGCUAUUUGCCAUCCUUUGAGAUAUGCCAUUAUCAUGACUUCGGGGGUCUGCCGUAAACUGGCAAUAACUGCCUGGUUUGUAGGUUUUUCCUCCAUAAUUUACCAGGUAGUAAUGAUUGCAAACCUUCCCUUCUGUGCCUCCAACAUUAUAGAUCAUUUCUUCUGCGAUGUUGGACCUGUGUUGCAAAUUGCAGGUGGAGAUAUAGAUGUCAUUGAAGUUCUUGGCUUCCUUGUUACUAUGCUUGUGGUGAUGUCCUCCCUGCUUUUCACCCUCAUUUCUUACCUCUUCAUCAUUUGCACCAUUCUCCGAAUGUCUUCAACCACCAGUCAGCAGAGAGCUUUUUCUACCUGUGCUUCCCAUCUGAUUGUAGUCUGCAUUUUCUAUGGAUCAGUCUUUUUUGUCUACUUAAGACCAACCAUCAAGAAUUCUUCCUUUGGUGUAAUCAAGUCUGUUUCUGUGGUGAACGCCAUAGUCGCUCCAGUGCUAAAUCCUUUCAUUUACACCAUUAGGAACAAUGAAGUGAAGGAAGCAAUUUGCAAAGUGUUAAGAAAAAGGAUUCCAGCUAUCCCUAAAACAUAGAUCUCUUUGGAGAAGCAAUCCUAUGCUUCAGAGGACUGGAGGCUAAAACAUAUGAAGAACGGUUGCUGGA